AAUAGCUGAUCCUACCAAGCAUGCUCAAGCUUAAGCUUCAAGAUACCAGACCAGCCAGCAAAAGAAUGGCCACACAGAAAAAUAUGUUUUAGCAAUUGAACAGAUCUACAGUAAGUAAGGGGACACCCAGCAGGUCAGUAUCUAUUAACCUCGUCCCGUGGCUCAAUUGCUAAGAGAGAGCCGGCUGGGUGGACAACAUUAGGUCUGUAUUGGUAUUAAUUGUAAGUACGUGAACAAUAUAGAACAGUUUAAUAACUCAACUUUCCACUUUGUGUGUAUAGUGUUCAUGCUCCAGUAGAUUACUGUCUAAUACAUGAUGACUGAGAUCAUGAGCUCCUGUAGUGGUCUCUUCAUGCUAACUGAAGCCAGUGAAGUGUGAAUGUGCCUCUUCCUGUGUGUGCUCACUGUAAUGACAGUUCAGUCUAUGGGUGUGUGUCAAUUUGGCAACAAUUAAAUGCCCACUGUCUUUGGUAAUAACGGCUGGGUGGACUGGGUGGACAACAUUAGGUCUGUAUUGGUAUUAAUUGUAAGUAUGUGAACAAUAUAGAACAGUUUAAUAACUCAACUUUCCACUUUGUGUGUAUAGUGUUCAUGCUCCAGUAGAUUACUGUCUAAUACAUGAUGACUGAGAUCGUGAGCUCCUGUAGUGGUCUCUUCAUGCUAACUGAAGCCAGUGAAGUGUGAAUGUGCCUCUUCCUGUGUGUGCUCACUGUAAUGACAGUUCAGUCUAUGGGUGUGUCAAUUUGGCAACAAUUAAAACACUAAGACAAUGAUCUUGAAAUCCUGAAAAGGGCUGGUUGAACAGUCAGUUGAGAUGAUGUGUUUUAUAGGAAGGUGUUCUUUCCCGUGUGUCCCCUCCACUUACACAACUCACUAAUUAAUAUCACCAUUCAUUGGGGCACAGAAGGAUAUUUUUACCACACACAGUGUUGUGUUAUUACCAAAGACAGUGGGCAUUGUUUAAGUCUUUCAGAGAAUUGUCAAUACAAUUCCUUGAAAGCAGAGAGAAAAAUCCUAAAAUAGCUGAAACUUAGGCUAAUAUGCAUUUCUUUGUCUUGCUCUGAGCCACACCCAGUUCCUACCCAUAAUUUGUUCUGAAUACAGCAGAGUAGUCAAUUCAUCCAGUUAGUUGCUGUGUAUUGAAAACACUUAAGUAUAACAUACAGCAUAACAGGUGCACCAUACUGUAUUAAGCUAAGACUAAGACUAUUUUGAGAAUGUGGGAACGGCAUUCCUUCAUCUAUCUGGAAAAUAUAUUUUUAUAUAUAAAAAAAUAACCCAAUCUUAAUAUAUUUAAUUUCAGUCAUUGGAAAAAACGAAGAAGAAAAACAAAAUCCAUAAAAAUAUUGUGAAUUUCAAGAAGUGAAACUGUUCUUCUGUAGAGCCAUAGUCGUGUUAGUGAUAAUAGAUAUUCUCUCUCUCUCUCUCUCUCUCUCUCUCUCUCUCUCUCUCGCUGUGUGUGUGUGGGUGGUGAACGCACAUGAAAAAUGGUAAGCUACUGUUCCACAUUGUUUUUUCAUGAAGUCACUUUAAAACUCCCACAGAUUUUCGUGGCUGUCAGACAGCAAACCAGGCGAGGGAUAAAACACAACUAUGAAUUGGAUGCUGUGGCAACAAUGCAUUGUCUCCAUAAACCUCUGCCCUAUUUAAUCUUUGGUGUUCUCUUUGGAUAUGUUAUCCCACUCUCUUCCCUUCUCCAAGUUUCUCCAGUGACCUGUGGGGGCAAGAACAUCUCUUCAUGUUGUGGACACUGUGUCACAUCCCAUGAGGGAGUCAGUGAAUUAGAUUGCUUUGGUAAACAUCUGCGCUUAAGUAGGAUCAGCUGGAAAUGUGUGUGGACACCUAUAAAACACCAAACACAAAGAUACACACUCUGUAUAGAACAGAAAACACAUAUCGAAAUGCAUGCAAACAUAUCGGAGACGUCUCAGACUAUUCGUCUGUCCAAAAAGCUUAACAUGACAGCUCAUGUAUUUGACAAGAGUGAUUUGAAGAGCUGCACAAAGACUGUUUUCAGAGGUUCACCUAAACAAUUGGUUCGAUGCGGCCCCCCAUCUAAUGUACACUUGAAUCGACAUUCAAGACAGCUGGAUAUCCAGGCCUCCUGGAGGAAGGAGGAGACCAAAUAUAUCCCUCUUUACUCUGUGAGAUACAAGGAGCUGAACAGCCCGCAAUGGAAAGAGCCACCAGUGCAAUCCAAGGAUAGAAAUAGGUGCACUGUGGGUAAUCUUAACUCCUCACUGUCCUAUGAGGUGCAGAUAGAGUGUGUGGCCAACAACAAAUGUACCCAGUGCCCCUGGAGCGAGGUUUUCACAGUCCCACCCGAACUUACUGAUACGCCUCUCAUUGAGAUGGUAAAAGAUAGUCGUCCACAAACCAAAGGGAGGAGAUUAGUGAUCAUAAAAUGGAAGUUUGCAGCCAGUGAGUUAGCGGAGGGCUACAGUGUUUCCGUGGGGAAAGCCUCAGGAGAGGACCCUAUUGAGACCUUCAACACCAGCAGGCACCUACUCAUAGUGACCCUGUCUCACUCAGCCUACCACCUCAAAAUCACAGCUCUCAACGGGGCUGGGACCUCACCUGCAGCACAGAGCACUAUAUGGCCACUGGACGACAAAGACUUAUAUGGGAAGCUGAAUCUGACAUUCAAUGGCAACACGUCCUUUACUGUCUCCUGGGUGGAUGACCUGAUCAAAACAUACUCCUGCUUCUCAGUGGAGUGGUGGACGAGAGGAAUCAAAGCUGCUCACAAGUCCUUCUAUGAGGAUGAGAACAAUUAUGAAGUCAUACCAUUGCACGAGCCAUUAGAGCUGUAUAAGAGGUAUACCUUCACUCUGCACAUGAGGCCAGACAAAGAGACCUGCAACCUGAAGUUCAUCAACAACAGCGAGAGCACCUAUGGGAGCAUCCAGUCCUACUUCACUGAAGGAUCCCCAAUUAGUGCCCCAGGGAACAUCAGCAGCAGUAAUGUUACCCAGAGCUCCAUGGUGCUGGAGUGGACAUCAGUCCCUGAGAAGGACACCAGAGGUUUCCUUCUGGGCUACAUCCUCCACUACACAAAGAGCCCGGAUGACAGGAUAGACGUUGAAAAAAACGUCACUGUGGAUGCUGGUUCAACCAGCUACGAGUUGGUGGACCUACAAAGCAAUACUGUGUACCAAGUCCAGCUGUCUGCCUUCACUGCUGCAGGAAUGGGAGUGAGAAGCUCAGCUGUAUACUUCGAAACCAAGUCAACAGUAUCCCUGUCUAUUGGUGGUAUGAUAGCAGGGGUCGUUAUUGGAGCAACUUUACUCUUACUUGUGGUUAAUCUCGGUUCUUUGUUGUUAAAAAGAGCAAAGAGACUACUUUGGCCAAGUAUCCCUAAUCCUGGUAACAGCAAUGCCAUCCAGAAAAUAGAUGGGGUCUGCGAGCUGGAACUCCUGGAGCCCAUCAACAGACAGAAGUUAGAAGAAGAGGAGAGGGACGCCAACAGUCUGCACAUUGUUGACAGUAGAGAAGAAACGUCUCCCGUUAGCAACCUCCAUAGCAACACCGACUCAUGUCUACACCUCAACACAGAACACGAGGAGAAUCAAGGGCCUUCAAAGACAACCGCAGACUCUACAGAGACCACUAAAGUAGACCCUCAAAUCAACGUGGGCUUGUGCCGAAGAAACACAGCCACAGACAGUAGCGCUCAAGAUCCCACUUCUGACACCAUUAAACCUACCAUAGACACAAGACAGACAGACCCUGUCCCCAUUAGUGCGGUGGCCCACCAGUGCCCGCAGUUGUCCUUUAUGAGUGAUUACACGACCAUGGAACUCUUCCAACAGGCUAUGACACAAUGUGUUCCAGCCACUAUAACAUUGGAACCCCAUGGCCAGUCAGAGUACACAGACUCACCCCUGACCAGACCAGAGUCAGAUUACAUACACCAGUCCCUCUAUGAUACUGUCCUUCACCUGUCCCAAGGCAGCACAAGUCCAACUGAGGUGUAUUACACGGUUCUUUGAGAAUGUUUACUGUAGAUUCUAGAAUCUGCCUUUCUCACAGAUGCUGUGGAACAAUUCUCAGGCCUUUCAUCUAUGUAAAAAAGCUAGCUGCUGCCAUCAGUGUCACCCUGUUGACUAGCCUACUUAUAGUUCUGGACAUUAUUGGAUCGUCAUAACUCUGGAAUGAGAAACCUUUCAAUGACAUACAGGAACUUAAAAAAGCUGUUAUCCUAUCAAUACGUGUAUUGAGGGAUUGUUUGAGGAGCAGAAAUUUCCCAAUCCUUUUUUUGUGGUUUUUAAUAAAAUCAUGAAUCAGA